AUGGUGCUCGAGGUAGAAAGGGAACUCUUAAUAACUUCCGAAAAGACCUUAGGCAUCUGGACCCUUCAUACAGACGGGGCGUCCAACUUAAAGGGUACCGGGCUGGGCAUUAUUUUAAAAACUCCUGCAGGAGAGGUCAUUAGACAGUCAAUCAGGACUGUGAGGUUAACUAAUAAUGAAGCCGAGUAUGAGGCUAUGAUUGCAGGUCUUGAAUUGGCUCAGAGUCCUGGAGCCAAAGUGAUCGAAGCAAAGUGCGACUCUCUACUGGUCGUAAACCAGGUGAAUGGCAUCUUCGAGGUUAAGGACGAGCGGAUGCAAAAAUACUUAGAAAAAACUCAAGUGAUAUUACACCGGUUCAAGGAAUGGAUCAUGCAGCAUGUACCCAGGGAACAAAACAACGAAGCAGAUGCAUUGGCUAAUUUAGGCUCUUCGGUCGAAGCAGAAGAAUUUAACCCCCGAUACCGUAGUUCAAUUGAUGAACUCGGCAGUGGAAAACGGCCAGGCGGAGAUAAACACAAUGGGCCUAACAUGGGAUUGGCGCAACAAAUACAUUGA